AUGGUGAAACCACGCGGGCGUGUGGUCGGGCUCCAGGGGUCGGCGCAGGGGAGGUGCGACGAGGAAGUAGAGCCUUCCGCCGGCUUGAAGCAGCGUCGGGUCGAGCAGCUUAGUCCGCUGUUUGUUGGACCGUUUGAGAUCCUGGAGUGUGUUGGUCUGGUGGCGUACAGAUUGGCUCUUCCUCCAAGUCUCGCCCGGAUGCACAACAUUUUUCACGUGUUCAUGCUUCGGAAGUAUUUCUCGGAUCCGUCCCACGUUAUCAGCCCGACGACUAUUCAGUUGCGGGAGGAUCUGAGCUAUGAUGAGGCUCCAUUGCAGAUAUUGGCAUGUGAGGUGAAGCAAUUGCGGAACAUAAGCAUUCCGUAUGUUAAGGUUCAGAGGAAUAAUCACGAGGAGCGCGAGGCUACAUGGGAGCUUGAGUCCUCUAUGCGGGAGCGAUAUCCGCAGUUGUUUGUGGGGGAUGCUUGA